ACAAGGGAACCGAACGCGCUCGGCCUCGUCUGUGUGCUCGCGCUUCGGUACUGCUCGGUUUUUCUCCAAGCCUGGUGAUUCGGCGCCAUCAUCAUGAGCUCGGCAGGCGGCGGAGAGUUCGGUAACCCCUUGCGGAAGUUCAAGCUGGUCUUCCUGGGAGAGCAAAGCGUUGGUAAGACCUCUCUCAUCACUCGAUUCAUGUAUGACAGCUUUGACAAUACUUACCAGGCUACAAUUGGCAUAGACUUCCUCUCCAAGACUAUGUACCUGGAAGAUCGCACGCAGGUGCGGCUGCAGCUCUGGGACACCGCCGGACAAGAACGCUUUCGUAGUUUGAUCCCAAGCUAUAUACGCGAUUCCACUAUUGCAGUGGUAGUCUAUGAUAUCACAAACCUGAAUUCCUUUCAGCAAACCUCCAAAUGGAUAGACGAUGUGCGGACAGAGAGGGGAAGUGAUGUAAUAAUCAUGCUUGUGGGGAAUAAAACAGAUCUGGCAGAUAAGAGACAAAUAACUACUGAAGAGGGAGAGCAGAGAGCCAAGGAGCUCAGUGUCAUGUUCAUUGAAACUAGUGCCAAGACAGGGUACAAUGUCAAGCAGCUCUUUCGCCGUGUAGCUGCUGCUUUGCCUGGCAUGGACAGCACACCAGAGAAAAGUAAAGAAGAUAUGAUUGACAUCAAGUUGGAGAAGCCUCCUGAGCAGCCAGUGACGGAGAGCGGCUGUUCCUGCUAACAACUCUGCACUGGAGAUCCUGCUACUGUCUAAAUGCAUUAAAAGAAAAAGCAAAGCAUUUAUCUCUUAGAUUCCCAGUGUGUGGAUGCAGUGUGUGCGCCAUCAUUUUUAUGGGGGCAUUGGGACCCCUUUGAACAAGCCACAGCCCACCUCAUCUCACUCAAACUGCAUGGUGUCGUGUACGGUUGGAGAAUGAGAAUUUUCUGUAUGUAUAGUUUUUAUUUUUUGCACUUUGGGCACCCAGUUGGGGCCCUCUCAAUUCUCUCAAUGUGACAAUGGAAAUUUGUGCGAACAUGUUUGUUACGGUGUAUGAUCCAGGAUGCAGCAAUGAUACAGGAACAUGAACGCAGCCUGUCUGUUUGAACCCUCACCACUAAAAUGUGGCCAGGUAACUUGAAAAGAUUUUAAGACUUGGUCCCUGUUGCCUUUAAUGCCCCAGCCACUUCACAGACGCGUAUAUAUAUAUAUAUAUAUAUAUAUAUAUAUAUAUAUUCCUACUUGACAUUUUAUUUCAAGUCAUCUUUCAGAUUUACCACGUUUUGUAGUUUUCUCAUUGUGUUUGAUCAGCCGUCCCUUUGGAUCUAUUUGCCCUAUGACAAGUGGUAGUACUAGCAGGCUGCCAAUGUGUGUGCUUAACAGAUGUUCUCAGGAUGAGGCGCCUGAGAAGUAUAAAUGUUAAUAAAAUGCCAGCCCCAGUAUCUGUGUAGGUGAUGCAUCACUGUAAUUUAUGACUAUUGUACAAAGCACUUUCUUCAGCGGCUCACACAGACAAGUGCUCUUUAUAAUUUGCCUAAAGAUGGUGUGUAGUAGCAUAUAUAUUCAAUGUAUUCCCUUACUGUGUCUAUUGACCUAUGAAAUGCUACGGCUCUGGCACUGAAUAUGUCUGAUCUUGGAAAACAUUUGUUCUAAACACAGUGCUUAUGUUCUGCACUAAAUCCAUAAAGUAGACAAUGCAGCCCUGUUCUGUACUUGGUUAUUGGUUUCAAAAGCUGUAUAAUAAAAAUAAACAGGAAGAAAUGUUAUCUGAUCAGUACUAAAUUUCUGUUUAAAUAAUAAAAGCGGAACCUUUGAUCUGUGUGCACUGGUGGCUCCUCUGUAUGUACUUCUCCUGUACACUGCCUGCGCUGCAUCCUGGUCAUGUCACCUUGCCGUUUCUUUGUGUACAGGGUUUCCCCAGUACUCUGGGCUAAAGCCUUUGAUCUGUCAGUUGUAUUGUUAUUGCAAAUCUUUGGAUUGUACAAAAAUAAGAGUUAAAAAAAAAUAUAUAUCGAUAAUGGAUAAAUUACAUAGUGAAAAUGUUCUCUCCACUUGAAUACUCCUUGGAUGUCUUCUAUUGCGUAUCUGCCCCAUAUUACUUCUCCAUAGCUGUUAUACAAGUAGGUGUGAAUAUUACUGAGUAUCUACUAUAUGAACACAGCUGUGUCACUGAAUGAAUAAAACUCUUCGCCUAUCA